UGGCGGACCUUGUGUUGUCAUCCUCCGAGCGACGGCCGGAGGCGGCGGCGGAGGCCCGGGCGGGGCGUUUGGUUUCGUUUCUGCACCGGCUGGAAUUAGUGUCGACGGUCAAAAUGGGAGUCCCCAAGUUUUACCGAUGGAUCUCGGAGCGGUACCCCUGCCUCAGUGAAGUGGUGAAGGAGCAUCAGAUCCCGGAAUUUGAUAACUUGUACCUGGAUAUGAAUGGAAUCAUACAUCAGUGUUCUCAUCCUAACGAUGACGAUGUUCACUUCAGAAUUUCAGAUGACAAAAUCUUCACUGAUAUUUUUCACUACUUGGAGGUGUUGUUUCGAAUUAUUAAACCUAGGAAAGUAUUUUUUAUGGCUGUUGACGGUGUGGCUCCUCGAGCAAAAAUGAACCAGCAACGUGGGAGGCGUUUUAGGUCAGCCAAGGAGGCAGAAGACAAAAUUAAAAAAGCAAUAGAAAAGGGAGAAACACUUCCUACAGAAGCCAGAUUCGAUUCCAACUGUAUUACGCCAGGGACUGAAUUCAUGGCCAGGUUGCAUGAACAUCUGAAGUAUUUUGUAAAUAUGAAAAUUUCCACAGACAAAUCAUGGCAAGGCGUUACCAUCUACUUCUCAGGCCAUGAGACUCCUGGAGAAGGAGAGCAUAAAAUCAUGGAAUUUAUCAGAUCCGAGAAAGCAAAGCCAGAUCAUGAUCCAAACACCAGACAUUGUCUUUAUGGCUUAGAUGCUGACUUGAUUAUGCUUGGAUUAACAAGUCACGAGGCACAUUUUUCUCUCUUAAGAGAAGAAGUUCGGUUUGGUGGAAAAAAAACACAAAGGGUAUGUGCACCAGAAGAAACGACGUUUCACCUACUACACUUGUCUUUAAUGAGAGAGUAUAUUGAUUAUGAAUUUUCAGCAUUAAAAGAAAAGAUCACAUUUAAAUAUGAUAUUGAAAAAAUUAUAGAUGAUUGGAUUUUGAUGGGAUUUCUUGUUGGCAAUGAUUUUAUCCCUCAUCUACCUCAUUUACAUAUUAAUCAUGAUGCACUGCCUCUUCUUUAUGGAACAUAUAUUGCUAUCCUGCCAGAACUUGGAGGUUAUAUUAAUGAAAGUGGACAUCUCAACUUACCUCGAUUUGAGAGAUACCUUGUGAAACUAUCAGAUUUUGAUCGAGAACACUUCAGCGAAGUUUUUGUGGACCUCAAGUGGUUUGAAAGCAAAGUUGGUAACAAGUAUCUCAAUGAAGCAGCAGGUGCAGCAGCAGAAGAAGCAAAGAGCUGCAAGGAGAAGAGAAAACAAAAGGGCCAGGAAAACUCUUUAAGUUGGGCUGCGUUAGACAAAAGUGAAGGUGAAGGAGUGGCUUCUAGAGAUAAUUUUGAAGAUGAGACUGAAGAUGAUGAUCUGUUUGAGACUGAAUUUAGACAAUAUAAAAGAACAUACUACAUGACGAAGAUGGGGGUCGAUGUAGUGUCUGAUGAGUUUCUAGCUGAUCAAGCUGCCUGUUAUGUUCAGGCUAUACAGUGGAUCUUACACUAUUACUAUCAUGGAGUCCAGUCCUGGAGCUGGUAUUAUCCCUAUCAUUAUGCACCCUUCCUAUCUGAUAUCCGCAAUAUCAGUUCACUAAAAAUCCAUUUUGAACUAGGGAAACCCUUCAAGCCAUUUGAGCAACUUCUUGCUGUACUCCCAUCAGCUAGUAAAAAUUUGCUUCCUACGUGCUACCAGCAUUUGAUGACCAGUGAAGACUCGCCUAUUAUAGAAUAUUAUCCACCUGAUUUUAAAACUGAUCUAAAUGGGAAACAACAAGAAUGGGAAGCUGUGGUAUUAAUACCCUUUAUUGAUGAGAAGCGAUUGUUGGAAGCCAUGGAGACAUGUAACCACUCCCUCAAAAAGGAAGAAAGGAAAAGAAACCAACACAGUGAGUGCCUCAUGUGCUGGUAUGACAGAGACACAGAGUUCACCUAUGCCUCUCCAUGGCCAGAAAAGUUCCCUGCCAUAGAACGAUGUUGUACAAGGUAUAAAAUAAUAUCAUUAGAUGCUUGGCGCGUAGACAUAAACAAGAACAAAAUAACCAGGGUUGACCAGAAGGCAUUAUAUUUCUGUGGAUUCCCUACUUUGAAACACAUCAAACAUAAAUUUUUUUUGAAGAAAAGUGGUGUUCAAGUAUUCCAGCAGAGUAGUCGUGGUGAAAACAUGAUGUUGGAAAUCUCAGUGAAUGCAGAACCAGAUGAACUUAAUAUAGAGAACAUAGCUUCAUCAGUGCUGGGAAAGUCAGUCUUUGUUAACUGGCCUCAUCUUGAAGAAGCUAGAGUCGUGGCAGUAUCAGAUGGGGAGACUAAGUUUUACAUAGAAGAACCUCCAGGGACACAGAAGGUUUAUUUGGGAAAAACUGCUCCACCAUCUAAAGUCAUCCAACUUACAGAUAAAGAACAAUCAAACUGGACUAAAGAAAUACAAGGAAUUUCGGAACAAUACCUAAGAAGAAAGGGAAUAAUUAUAAAUGACACAUCUGCUGUUGUGUAUGCUCAGCUGCUCACAGGUCGCAAAUAUCAAAUCAAUCAGAAUGGUGAAGUUCGUCUAGAAAAACAGUGGUCAAAACAAAUUCUUCCAUUUGUUUAUCAAACUAUUGUUAAGGAUAUCCGAGCUUUUGACUCUCGUUUCUCCAAUAUCAAAACAUUGGAUGAUUUGUUUCCUCCCAGAAGUAUGGUGUUUAUGCUUGGAACUCCUUAUUAUGGCUGCACUGGAGAAGUUCAGGAUUCAGGUGAUGUGAUUACAGAAGGUAGGAUUCGUGUGGUUUUCAGCAUUCCAUAUGAACCAAACCUUGAUGCUUUAAUACAGAAUCAGCAUAAAUACUCUAUAAAGUACAACCCAGGAUAUGUGUUGGCCGGUCGCCUUGGAGUGAGUGGAUACCUUGUUUCAAGGUUUACAGGAAGUGUUUUUAUUGGAAGAGGAUCUAGGAGAAACCCUCAUGGAGACCAUAAAGCAAAUGUGGGUUUAAAUCUCAAAUUCAACAAGAAAAACGAGGAAGUCCCUGGCUAUACAAAGAAGGUUGGGAGUGAGUGGAUGUACUCGUCGGCAGCGGAGCAGCUUCUUGCAGAGUACAUAGAGAGAGCACCAGAACUGUUUAGUUAUAUAGCAAAAAACAGCCAAGAGGACGUGUUCUACGAGGACGACAUCUGGCCUGGAGAGCACGAGAACGGGGCUGAGAAAGUUCAAGAAAUUAUUACUUGGCUGAAAGGACAUCCUGUCAGUACUCUGUCUCGGUCUUCUUGUGAUUUACACAUUCUGGAUGCAGCCAUUGUUGAAAAAAUUGAAGAAGAAGUUGAGAAGUGCAAGCAAAGAAAGAGCAACAAGAAAGUCCGGGUGACAGUGAAGCCCCAUUUGCUGUACAGACCUUUAGAGCAGCAACAUGGAGUCAUUCCUGAUCGAGAUGCUGAGUUCCGUCUCUUUGAUCGUGUUGUAAACGUGAGAGAGAGCUUCUCGGUACCAGUCGGCCUUCGAGGAACCGUCAUUGGAAUUAAAGGGGCUAGUAGAGAAGCUGAUGUACUAUUUGAAGUAUUAUUUGAUGAGGAAUUUCCUGGAGGCUUAACAAUAAGGUGCUCACCUGGUAGGGGAUACCGACUGCCAACAAGUGCCUUGGUGAACCUUUCUCAUGGGAGUCGGUGUGAAACUGGAAAUCAGAAGUUGACAGCCAUUGUGAAACCACAGCCAGCUGUGAGUCACUGUAGUGCAAACUCAUCAGUUCCAUCUGGGCACUUGGGAAGCCUCAACCACUCUCCUCAGUCGCUUUUUCUUCCUACUCAGGUACCUGCUAAAGGUGAUGAUGAAUUUUGCAACAUUUGGCAAUCUCUACAGGGAUCUGGAAAAAUCCAACACUUGCAGCCAACGGGACAAGAGAAGGGUGCACUUCUACCUCAAGAAAUAAGUCAAGUAACUGAACCUCAAAAAUCUGGCUUUAAUGACCACAGUGUCAGACAUCAGCAAAGAAAACAUGACUCUCACCGAAAAUUUAAGGAAGAAUACAAGAGUCCUAAAGCUGAGUGUCAGAAUCAAAAGUUGUCUAAUAAACAGACUUCUGGAGGGUCUGCCAGAUGUAAUAUUAAACUAUUGAAGAGAAAUGAAAGUCCAGGAACUUCAGAAGCCCAGAAGGUUGUAACUAGUUACCCAAAUGCAGCUCAUAAGCCUCAGUCUGAAAUUGAGAACUUUUUAGCAUCUUUGACUAUCUCUAAGGAGAGUGAAGCACAGUCACCUCAUCAUGGAGAGCCUCCAGAGGAGGGGGAGCAUCUGUCGCCACAGUCCUUUGCUAUGAAAGGAACACGGAUGCUUAAAGAAAUUCUGAAAAUUGAUAGCCCUGACACAACAGACAGUAAGAACGAUAUGAAGAAAUUUGAUAAUGAAGUCCCUGUUUCUUCUAGUAGAAGAGAUGACCAUGGACUAUCAUCGCAUCCUAAGCCAAGUAAGAAGCUGGCAUGUCAUAUGAACAAGCCUCGUGCUACUAGUGAGUACCAAAAUGUGGCCUCCGUGGACAGUGUGUGCUGGCCUGGCCAGGUGCCUCCUGCGUCCACAGCAGUAACUGAGCUUUCUCGAAUUUGCUCCCUUGUUGGAAUGUCACAACCACAUUUCUCCUUUCUGCGAACAGCACAGACAAUGACAGUUUGUCAGGUAAAAUUGUCUAAUGGCUUACUGGUACAUGGGCCGCAGUGCCACUCUGAAGGUGAAGCCAAGGAGAGAGCUGCACUUUUUGCUUUACAACAACUGGGCUCCUUGGGUGUGAAUUUUCCUUUGCCUCCACCAAUAUUUACAAAUUAUCCUCCUGCGGUACCACCUGGAACCAUCCCUCCUGGAGCCGUCCCUCCUGGAGCUGUCCCUCCUGGAACCGUCCCUCCUGGAGCCGUUCCUCCUGUUUUUCCCCAACCUACUGCUAAUAUAAUGCCUUCAUCGUCACAUAUCUUUGGCUCAGUGCCAUGGAGACCACCAGUGCCAGUUGCUGGGAAUACCUUCCACUGUCCUUCAUAUCCUGGAGCCAUGCCCUUGGCUGGAGGGAUGCCAGGCGGAGUGCACAAUCAGUUCAUACCUCUGCAGGUUACCAAAAAAAGAGUUGCAAACAGAAAGAAUUCUGAGAACAAGGAGGCCCAGAGUUCUCAAGCCACGCCACUUCAGACUAACAAGCCAGGGUCUUCUGAAGCCACUGACAUGACUCCACAGGAAAGUCCACCAGCCCCUUCCACAUCCUCUCAGGCUGCUCCUCAGCCUGUGUCUUCUCAUGUUGAAACUGCCUCCCAAGGCCAUGUUGUGUCCCACCAGAGGUCAGCACCAAGCUCCUCAAGAAGGAAAUCAAGAAAACUGGCUGUCAACUUUAGCGUUUCUAAAUCUUCUGAAUAAAUUUGGUACCUGGGAAUUAAUUUCUUUUAUCUCCAUCUACCUUUUUAUAAAUUGAUAUCUAUGUGUCAGAAAUGUACUAUUUUAGGAUAUGUUUAGAUUAAAUAUUUUUUAUUUUUAAGUUAUCAGGCACUUUUCAUGCUAUUUAAGACUAUAUAUCAAAUUGUGCACUUUAUAUAUGUGCAAUUUGUUGUACAUCAGUGAUACCUCAAUAAAGCUGUAAAAGAAGAGAAAAUUAAAUCUUAUAUUAAAAUAAAUAUCAACCUGAGCAUGGUAAUUACCUAUGAACAUCGUGCUUGAGAGGCUGAGACAGAAGGAUUGCCAUAUAUUCAAGGUUAGCUAGGGCUACAUAGUGAGUUCCUGGCCAGCCUGAGACCUUGCUUCAAAAGCCAAAAGCUACAGUAAAUAUGAGUGGUCUAAAUGUUGAAAUGUACCACUCUGACCAUUGGCUUCCUCAUUGGAAGGGUCCUUGAACUAUAAAUUAGUCAUUAUCUUAUCAUAAUGACAAGCUUUUUUACACUAUUAUUGAGGGAUAACUAAUACAGCAUGAAUUAGGCCUAGUAAUUUCCUAAGUAUGGGUUUUAUUUGUUUGUAAUGAUGGAGCAACAUGACUAAGAGAGUGGCCCGUACUCUGUCCACAGCAGUCUGUUGCCAAAGUCAGUCCCUCAGAUGCUGUGGAGCCAGCAUACAUGCCGGCCGUGGCCAUGGAGCCCUGGAGCUGGCUGGUGCGGUCAGUGCUGCUUUGUUCUGCAUCUUGUACCAAAGCAACCUUAGAAGAGUCUCCAGAGCAUUCAUUUGACUGCUUCAGACUAGAAAUAACAAUCUAGAUUUGAAAAUUAACGAAGUUUUUUUUAGAUUAUUCAAGAACCAGCAUUCAGAAUUCCUAAUAAAAUUAAGUUUCAAAAUCUACAGGGUACAGUGAUUACAAAUCAGUCUUCAAAUAGAGUACAGUACAGAACGUCAAUUGCUAUUCUUUUUUUAGGCUUCUUGGGUUAUAUUUGCUUUUUGAUAUUUUUUUUCUUUUGAGAUGGGGUCUUGCUGUGUAGUCCUGGCUGGCCUGGUACUCAUGGCAGUCCUCUGCAUUCUGAGAUUCCAGCGUGUAUCACCACACCCCCUUGUGUGGCUUUUUCUCUGCUUACUUCACAUAUGUGAAAAUUCAUGUGGGUCUAUGUGUAGAGCUUCCUGGGACUGGUAAAAAUGUAAACUUCUAAAAAAUUCCAA